AUGAAUCUUCGCGGUGGGCUGGCGAUACUUCUUUUCAUUUUUGCGGAGAUCGACUGCACGAUCCUGAGGAUCGUUCAGGAAGAUCAUUUCUCUUGCGGAUGUCCUUCAGCAUCGCAUAGACAGCCACGUGCGAUUCUGUCGGUGAAAAACGUCACUUCUUCUACUGUGGACAAGCAAAAGAACGUCGGGAGUACAACAGGUCGAAUAUUCAACGGGAAACCGAGUAAACGAGGCUCUUGGCCCUGGCAGGUGUCUCUACAGCUUCUCCACCCAAAGUUAGGAUUUAUUGGUCACUGGUGCGGCGGCGUUCUCAUUGAACCCACUUGGGUCGUCACAGCUGCUCAUUGCAUUCAUAACGAGCUUUUCAAUUUACCGAUUGGUGCACUGUGGACGGCGGUGGUUGGGGAAUGGGAAUUAGACUCCGGUGGACGAGGCUCGGCAAGACUACCUGUUGAACGAGUGAUCCUCCACGAGAGAUUCAACAAUUACUUACACGAUAUUGCGCUGAUGAAGUUAGCUAGACCAGCACCUUUAUCCAAAGUAGUACGAACGAUAUGUUUACCGGAGCCGGAAGAGGAGCUUGCGAAUAGACAAUGUGUCGCUUCUGGCUGGGGUCGAUACGGACCUUCUCAGUCACUUUCCACUGCACUAUUAGAAGCCUCAGUGCCAUUGCUAGAUCUUGAAAAAUGCAUGAAAGCUUAUGGGAAAUCGGUAUCGCUUCGAAGCGGUCAUCUUUGUGCUGGUCACACUGAUGGCUCGACCGGAAGCUGCGUGGGUGAUUCUGGAGGACCAUUACAAUGUCGUCGCGCAGACGGAGUAUGGCAAUUGGCAGGCGUCACUUCUUUUGGAUCAGGAUGUGCUAGACCAGGAUAUCCUGAUGUGUAUACUAGGAUACAGUAUUACGUAAAAUGGAUAAGAAAUACUAUGAACAAUGACGAUGAUACGCAAUUUUUAUAAUUUUGAUCAGUAUAUUAAUUCACGUGUACCUUGAAAUGUAGAUAAUAUUUAUGUAAAUAUUAUUCGAGUAGACCAUUGUACAUAUGCAUAUACGCUCUCCUGUGUAACUUUUAAUAUAAAUAAUUUUUAAUAAAAAAAAAGUACAAUGUAUUGUUCUAUAUAUUAUAUGUAUCUUAUCCACGCAAAUUUACCAUAAUUUGGAAACAAUCGCAAAAUCUAUAUACGAAUAGAACACGCUGCAUCUGAAAACCAUAAAACCUCGAUUUCAAUAGGAAAUAAGACCAAGCAUAUACAUAUACAUUCACGUGUUAUGGAAAUGAAAGCGCAUCCACUGCCCUGGUAAGUUCCAAAGAAAAGCCAUUCGCCAGGGGCUAAGGUAUCUUCCUAUGCCCGCCAACGUACAUUAUAAUAUACAGUGGCUCAUGAAAGUAUUUUAGCAUUUGUAGAAAACUUUUACAAGUAUAUUAUAACGUAUUAUCUAUUUUUUUAUUAUUUUAUGAUAUAUUGUAUAUAAAUAUAAAUGUAUGACGUGUGUUGUAUGAAACUCUUUGAAAUC